AUGGGACUUCUUCUAGAAAGCUUCGACGAAGCCCUCGAGCUUGGACGUUAUCUCGUUAUGCCCCUCACUCGUCCCCUAGCAGUUGCUUCAGGUGAAUCCACAAGGCGGGCAGACGAACCCAAGGUUCGCAUCGACGUGCCAUUCUCGGCAUGGGAUACAUUUGCCAGUGCUGCACUCCGGGCAAUGCGAGCCGGCAGGCACUUUACCAACGACCGAUCGCCAAAGUGGAACGAUGCCAGAUACAUGGACGUGGAGGGCGAUGUUGCCGAGGCCUCGAGCGUGUAUCUCCUCUACGCCAUCGACUGUGUUCUAACGAAGUAUCUGCCAGUCGGUAUGUUUCGCGUUUUGUCACAGCACACCGUUUACGGGAACACCUUCUCGGUCCGAGCUGACCGCAUUUGGGGUCUGGGCAACCCCAAUACCUUGGACCUGCACGCCUACUUUGCGAUUCUUGACUUUAAACGGCCCACUCUUAUCGAUCCAGAUGACUUCGGCACAGUCUUCACCUGGAACGAGUUUAAUGCGCGGGACCCGCUUGAGUAUCUUGAACCAAGCUUCAAGAACAACUCACAGAUUCUCCUAAAACAGGCCGUUAGCUACAGCAGCCACUAUGGGACCAAAUAUAUCGCCUUUUUCGACUGGCACACGCUAGUGCUCGUCGUCCUCGUGGAUACGGACCUCGCGGAUACGGAACUUAAGAUGGGCGGCGAGUAUUGCCUCGUCACAAUUGUGACAGACAGAACGCAGAUGAUGCGAGCGCUGCUAGGAUUUCUUAUAAAGGCAUACCAUGCACAGAUGGCUACUGUCGAGGACUACACCGACAUUGUGGGGAGUGUGGACUCGGAGCAGACAGCUCCAUCCAAGGGGAAAGGCAGUACUGCUGGCUUUGGCAGAAGUGGCGGAGAAAGCAGUCGGCAUCGUCGUCGAUAA